AUGAAUUUCGUAUUUGUGCUAUUUGUAAUUUCUCUCUUUUGGAGAAAUAAUAAUUGUGGAUUGGUGACAAACUUACUUGGAACUGUUGCAAAUGAGGUUAAUAAAAUAAAUAAAGGUGAUGUUGUUGAAACAUUAAGUGAAGAAACAAAAGAAAUAGCCGAUGAUUUAGGUGGUUUUCUCUCAUUAAGAAAAAGUACAGAACCUCCAAAAAGUAAGCCAGCAUAUUUAAAUAAAUCUGAAGAUGAGCAAGCAAAUAGUCACGAAAUACUAAAUAAAAAGGAGGGCCAAACAAAUAAAAUAAAAGAUGAACGUAAGACAACCCAAGCUGUGGAAUCAAGUGAAGAUAUAAAAGAAGAGAUUAAAAACAUAAGUACUUUAACUGAUGAAGAUGUUAGUAAAGAAAGUGAUAUCAGUAACGAACCUGACGAGUUCGAAACAACAACAGAUAUCGUCAUGAAAGCAAGAGCUAAUUUUGUUGGCGGAUGCCUAAAAGGUUUUGCGGUUGCACUAGAUGGAACUUGCCAAGAAAUUAUUAUAGAU